AGUGCUGGGAGAGACUUCAGUGAGACUAUCCACCCUCAUCAUCCUCUCUGCUCUCUUCUUCGCACUUUUGAGGGUGACGUGAGGCAGAAAAUGCUCUCCGCCGCGCGAGGCAAAGGUCACGCCGCUGGCAUCUGCUCGGAUUAACGGGAAGUAUCAAUGCGCCAGAUCCAGCCAAACUGGAAUAAUCGGGGUGGACGGUCACCUGUGGACAUGUAUCAAGGCGGAACGAUGUCCACCAACCACGGACCCGCGUCCUACGAGCCCAGUUUCCUCCAUAACGCCGCCUCUGCGGCCACUUCACCGGUGUACGUGCCCACCACCCGGGUGACCCCGAUGAUACCGGCCCUGCCGUACCUCCAGACGUCCCAGCAGAGCAGCCCAGUGUCGGGUCACUCGGCCUGGGCGCAGCCGGGCGCGGACACGGUCGCCUCGUACAACUCCACCGGAGCGCACCAUCAUUCCCCGGUGUCCAGGUUCUCCUUUUCCACGAGUCCUCCGUUAAGCUCCGGGGCCCGAGAGACUGCGACCUUCACGAGCCCAUUAAACAUCACCACCAACGGGCGGGAGCACUUCGGUUCACGGGGUCUGAGUGGCUCGUAUCAUAGCGGGUACCCGGCCUACAUGAGCCCGAACAUCGGAGGCUCUUGGGCGGCUUCGCACUUCGACAGUUCCGUGCUGCACAACCUCCACACCGGCGGACCGGGCAAUGCCACGAGACACCCAAAUUUAGAGUUUUUUGAUGACUUUGCAGAGGGCCGUGAGUGUGUGAACUGUGGGGCGAUGUCCACUCCGCUCUGGCGGCGGGACGGGACGGGUCACUAUCUGUGUAACGCCUGUGGACUCUACCACAAAAUGAACGGAAUAAACCGUCCGCUCAUUAAACCUCAAAGACGAUUGUCUGCGUCCAGGCGGGUGGGUUUGUCGUGCACGAACUGUCACACGACCACGACUACACUUUGGAGACGUAAUGCAGAGGGUGAACCGGUGUGCAACGCUUGCGGUCUCUACAUGAAACUCCAUGGGAUUCCUCGUCCUCUUGCCAUGAAGAAGGAGGGAAUUCAGACGCGCAAACGCAAACCCAAAAAUGUCAACAAGUCCACACCUGGAACCGCUGGUUCUGAUGGUCAGAUCCCAUCCAGUGCUGUGAACUCCAGUCCAAUAGAAGAACCACGAGCCAUUAAGACAGAACCAGACACAGUGUCACUCUAUACAUACCAUCAUAUGCACACACAGGUCUCUGCGAUCCCUACAUACAUGGGAACUCAAAGUGGAAGUUCUGCUCUCAAACUCUCUCCGAGUGGAUCUUCCACCUCCAAGAGUGAAGCGUGGAACAGCCUGCUUUUAGCUUAAACCAACAAGCUUCUGUUUUACUGUAAAUCGCUCCCCGUAGAGGCCAGAGUCCGGACUGGAGAGCUUCAGAUGAGACCACAAGCGCAAAGAAGACCAUCAUCUGGUGUAACACGGAAGAAAUACACCUGAUGGAUACAGAUCAGCACUGUGUUGGAUUCAGACUUGAGUGUGAAAUAAAGGAUCCAAACGUGCAGGAACUCGCCAGAACUUUAAAUAACCCUAAACGUCAAGAUCACGUGCUCCUUGUGGAGUCAUCCAUGAAGAGUCUUUCAGCCAACCAGACCGUAGCAUCUACUACAUUCAUUUGAAUCCAUUGGUUUCAUGACUUCUAAACGAUCUAAACUGAGUUGUUGUUGCCAUAGAUAACAUUCCUCAACCCUUAAAGAAUGGGCUACUGGAUUCAGAUGACCAUAAAUUGGAGUGGUUUUUCUUCAGUGCGCUUUCUAGUAAACAUACACAACCAAUUUGCCGUGUUUUCUCCUACUUCUGUUUCACAAAAGACAAUUUCUUGACAUAUGGCACUCCAUAUAAGUCCCAGGUAUCCUAUUGUAUGAUGAAACGACUAUCGAUCGAGACAUUCAGAUGCAAUUCAAAGCACUACCACUCCAUUCCAAUGGAUAUUUCCGGCCUUUCACUCUCACCUGCAUCCCAAAGAACUAGCUAUGAUUUUCUUUACCUCAAUCCAGCUCUAUUUUCACUUUUGCGAAAACUAUUCCGUUUUUUCUCAAUUUUAAGCUGCCAUAGCUUUUUGAUCGAAUGCAUCUUGAAGUGCACCAAUUUUUGAGAUUGUCGACCAAUCCUGCGACCUUCGUAUUCGCAGCCACGAUCAUCCGAACUGGCCCACCAAUUGCUUUCCUCAUAGUAGGAGCCGCCAUGUUGUUUAGCAGCAUUCUAGUGGCGAAGAAACUGACGUAUCCUGUCCUGAAAGCUACGUCCACAUUACUAAUAACCUUACCAUACAUUCUGAGUUACUCACAGAUGAUCUCCGUUGAUUUUUACUGAUUAUUAAACUUUUAAUAAUUAUUCUAAAUGGUUAAAAUGUUCCUUUCCAACUGGAAAGAUAUUUGAAAUGUUUGUGAACUUACAGAAUGAAGCUGAUCUCCCAUUAUAGAGCAAACAAUGUUAGCUUUGGUCAUUUAUAUGUAAAGAAGUCAAUUCCAUACGUAAUUGUUUGCUUGUAGUAUGUAGUAAUAUUAUGUAUGUAACUGUAUGUAUGCAACUCACUCCAUAUUUAACUAGUUGUGCUACACAACAUCCGAUUGAAUGGUUUUGUCAUUCAAAAUUCAGCUUUUUUCCUUUCACAGAGAACGAGGACUAAGAUUUUCUACAAGAGUCCAAUCAUUUGGAAGAAAUACAUGAAUAAAAUGAAUAAAAACUAACAACCGCCCCAAUGACACCCCUAAUAAGUAGACUUUACUCAAUUGACUGAGUAAAUUCGUUCCCAACAUAUGUUGUUGUUUCUACUAAAUAAUUAGAAUUGAACUCAUAUUUAGGUCAUGCACUUUCCCAGCUUAAAUAAUGAAGAAUAUAAUGAGUUUUUGUACUCAAUAGUUUGAGUUGACACUUAAAAUCUUCAUUCUAUGGAAUAUGGACAAAUAAGUUCAAAUAACGUAAACUUGGCAUUUCAAGUAAGACAACUUGAUUUUUUUUCAAUAAUGACAAUACCUGGUCAUUUUUAAUGUCGACAUGGACUGUUACAAACCCUUGUGUGACCUUCGGGACCUUUUUGUGUUUUCCAUAAUUUCAGCUGUGUUAAUGCCAAGGGCAUAAAUGUUGCCAAUGGUGUGUAUUUUUUGAGGACAGUUCCUAUAAUACAUCUUUAAUACACUGUGAACACAAAAUAGUCACACUCGGGACCUUCAGGACAAAAAUGUCCCCAUUGAAACCAAUUAAAACUGCAAUAUUUGACCCCAGUGCCAUUAAAGCAUAUAAUCAUGAAUUAUAUGAUAUUAUGCUUUCAUUCAGGAGCCCUGACAUCAACAUUGUUAUGUUUAAUAUUUUCCACCAGAUGGCGCCAUUUUUCUCAUUUUGAGCCUAUGGAGCAUAUACAAGCUUUUCCCCUAUUUUCUGUAUUAUAGAACAUGCAGACCAAUUUAAUAAAUUAUGCUGCUAAAAUUGUGUGUGUGUGUGUGUUGGUAUGGAUGUCAGAGUGUGUUUUGUAUGUGUGUAGUAAGAAAUUUGUGUUUAUGUGUGUGCCACUUUAUUUGUGUUCAACAGUGGCAUUAUGUAAACAAACUGGCAUU